UUCAGGUCCGCGCAGGUGUGUUGUAUUAACGUGUCAGUAGAGACUACAGGUGUGUGCUUGCGCGUGUGUGUAUGCGCGCGCGCGGUAAACGUUCCUCUCUCGCGAGCCCCGCUACCUACACCGGCGAUGAGGCGCGCGCACCGGAGUCGAGCCCAGCUGCCCUCCUGCUACUACGAGGGAUUUCUGGAAAAGAGGUCUUUUAAAGAUAGAACCAGUCGGAAGCUCUGGGCUGCACUGUGUGGGGACGCUCUGUUCUUCUACAACAACAGCAAGGACUGUAACUAUGUGGAAAAGCAAGAACUGUCAAACUUCAUCUCUCUGACGGACGACCCCAGUCUCGAUCGUAAACUAGACGCAGCUAGACUCCACCUGCGUCUAAAGGAAGACGAUAUCUACCUCACGGCUCCGAGUCUAGAAGCCCGUGAGCUAUGGAAAGGCUUCAUCUUGUCCGUGGUGAAGCUGCAAGUUCCCUCCUCCCUCAACCUGCUGCCUGGUCAGGUUCACAUGCUGAGAGAAGCUGUGGAGAAAGAGAACGAGAGACUCAAAGAGAUCGCUGAAAAAGCUGCAGCUGAACAAGCUUCUAAAGCAGCAGCUACGCCAGACCAUAACGAUUACAUGUCUGUACUGUCCGAAAUGCCAGCGUGCUUUUGCAAACUAGCCCGGAGUGAAACUGAAAACCUUUUGGAAAAGCACAAAGAUAAAGGAAACCUGCUGCUCAGACCUAGCCGAGAUGGAACCUGUUUCGCUGUCACUACGCGGCAGGAGUUUAACGGGCCAGUUUUCCGACAUUACAGAGUAACACGGAUCCCUGAAGGAGGAUUUGCCAUUGCUGUUGACAAUCCAAUUCCUUGCACAACACUCCAUGAUGUGAUUGACUAUCUGAUUGAGACUACUGGAGGAACUUAUAAGCCUUUGGUUCUGGAGCACACGUAUGAAGAAAACAUCGUGUAUGUAGAUUAUGAUGAGGAGAACGGAGAGAAGAGUAUGCGUCAUGCAUCCAGCAGCCCUGUGCGCCCCAACCUAGCCCCCAAACCAGCUCCAAGAAAGAAACGAGAUCAACACGAGAGCAUCUACCAAAACUCCUCCGAGGAGGACAAUGACCUUGUUGAUGAAGACGAAUGUGCUCCGCCGCCUGUUUUGCCUCGGGCCCCAGCGCGACCUUUGGUGCAUCAGUCGUCUGUGCCUGAUCUGCAGAUAGGUCCAGGCGGGGCUUUGCUUCCACCAAAUUCGCGCCCACGCAGUGCCUCAGUGGUUGCUGAAACAAAACCAAGACGGCCAAUACCAGCAGUUCCUAUUGGAGAAACCUUAUCUCAGUGUUUUAACAAAGAGCUGAAGCAGAAGAUGAAAGAAAUGAGAGUUGCUGCAGAGUGACCUCUGACCCCAGGCCGAUCAGCUUGUCUGCAAACAAAGAAAUGAAGGAAUUUAAAAACAGUGGAAAUACCUGCACAAGUGAGCUGUUUUUUCUUCUCCAGUGUAAACCUGCCCCCCAAAAAACACUUUAAUUCACAGCCAGGCUUGUAGAUACAUUUGGAAGAGAAUAAUGAGCUGUGAGUGUGUGUGUGUGUGUGGCCCAGCUGACUGGAUGCUCGCGAAGUACCUUGUAGAUGAAUGGCUUAUUGAUCCUCCACUUUGGUCUUUACAGUUACUCUGUGUAAAUCAGGAAGUAACAGGAGGUAAAAGCGUGUACUUGCCACAUUACCGUCUGUCUCUGACAUUUGUUCUGACAGUAAAUCAGUGUAUAGCAUUUUUUGCUAAUCAAAAUUAAUUCCUGUAUAGCAUUAUUGCUAUUUUUUUUCUUUGCAGUUGGUAUGUAUUUAUAACCUAGUUCAUUUUUAACAGUAUUCUUUUAGAGUAAAUAAUUCAACUUUUACUUACUUAUCCGUGAUUAACAAUUAGAGCAACUGAUCAUUUGGUUGCUUUAAGCACAAUAAAGCAUAACAAUAUACUUUAUAUUGAAACAAUUUCUGGCUUUGCUCGUAUACCAAUGCCUAUGAAAUGAAGCAGAAUUAAUGUACAUACAUAAAUAAACAUAUAUAUUUUUUAACAGA